CCUCGCGCGGGGAAGGACCGGAACUCCGGCCGGCGGCAGGUUGAUAAUAUGGCGGUAGGAGGUACCUGGGCGUCGCGAGGAGGCGGCGGAGCCCACGCCUGGAGGAAAGGUCUCUUUUCGGGCUAGUGCGGCGGCCGCUGCGGGCCGGAAGUCAGGGCCGGUUGCUGAAUGAGGGGAGCUGGGCCGUCCCCGCGACAGUCCCCCCGCGCCCUCCGCCCCGACCCUGGCCCCGCCAUGUCCUUCUUCCGGCGGAAAGUGAAAGGCAAAGAACAAGAUAAGACUUCAGAUGCCAAGUCAGUUAAAGCCUCAAAUCCUGUAUAUUCCCCACAAAAAAGCACUAAAAAUCAUGCCUUGCUGGAGGCUGCAGGACCAAGUCAUAUUGCAAUCAAUGCCAUUUCUGCCAACAUGGACUCCUUUUCAAGUAGCAGGACGGCAACGCUUAAGAAGCAGCCAAGCCACAUGGAGGCCGCUCAUUUUGGUGACUUGGGCAGGUCUUGUCUGGACUACCAGAUUCAAGAGGCCAAAUCAAGUCUUUCAAAGACUCUUGAACAAGUCUUGCAUGACACUAUUGUCCUCCCUUAUUUCAUUCAAUUCAUGGAACUUCGGAGAAUGGAGCAUUUGGUUAAAUUUUGGUUAGAAGCUGAAAGUUUUCACUCUACAACUUGGUCCCGAAUAAGAGCACAUAGUCUGAACACAGUGAAGCAGAGCUCAUUGGCUGAGCCUGUCUCUCCAUCUAAAAAGCAAGAAACUGCAGCACCUUUUGUGACCGAGUCUCUUGACAAGAGAUUAGAGGAUUCUAGCUCAGCCCAGUUGCUUGUGACUCAAUCAGAAGAAAGUGACCUGAAUAAUAGAACUAGCAACACCCAGAAUCGCUUGCUCCUUUCCGAGGAAUGUGACAGUGCCCAUUCUCUCCAUCUUGAAAUGGCCAGAAGAGAAGCUCAUCAAGUUUCCAUGGAAACGCAAGAAUCCUCCCCCAGACUUACAGUAGCCAGUAGAAAUAGUCUUUCUUCUCCACUAAAGGAAUUAUCAGGAAAACUAAUGAAAAGUAUAGAACAAGAUGCAGUGAAUACUUUUACCAAAUAUAUAUCUCCAGAUGCUGCUAAACCAAUACCUAUUACAGAAGCAAUGAGAAAUGAUAUCAUAGCUAAGAUUUGUGGAGAAGAUGGGCAGGUGGACCCCAACUGUUUCAUUUUGGCACAGUCCGUAGUCUUUAGUGCAAUGGAGCAAGAGCACUUUAGUGAGUUUCUGCGAAGUCACCAUUUCUGUAAAUACCAGAUUGAAGUGCUGACCAGUGGAACUGUUUACCUGGCUGACAUUCUCUUCUGUGAGUCAGCCCUCUUUUAUUUCUCUGAGUACAUGGAAAAAGAAGAUGCGGUGAAUGUCUUGCAGUUCUGGUUGGCAGCAGAUAACUUCCAGUCUCAGCUUGCUGCCAAGAAGGGCCAGUAUGAUGGACAGGAGGCACAAAAUGAUGCCAUGAUUUUAUAUGACAAGUACUUCUCCCUGCAGGCCACACAUCCUCUUGGAUUUGAUGAUAUUGUAAGAUUAGAAAUUGAAUCUAAUAUCUGCAGGGAAGGUGGGCCACUCCCCAACUGUUUUACAACUCCAUUACGUCAGGCGUGGACAACCAUGGAGAAGGUGUUUUUGCCUGGCUUUCUGUCCAGCAAUCUGUAUUAUAAAUAUUUGAAUGAUCUCAUCCAUUCGGUUCGAGGGGAUGAAUAUCUGGGAGGGAAUGUUUCACUGACUGCUCAUGGCUCUGUUGGUGCUCCUGACGACUCUCACCAGGGUGGUUCUGACAGCUCAGCAUCUCAGUCCAGUAUGAAAAAAGCUAGUGUUAAAAUUCUGAAAAAUUUUGAUGAAGCAAUAAUUGUGGAUGCUGCAAGUCUGGAUCCGGAAUCUUUAUAUCAACGGACGUAUGCAGGGAAGAUGACAUUUGGAAGAGUCAGUGAUGUGGGGCAGUUCAUCCGAGAAUCUGAGCCUGAACCUGAUGUAAAGAAAUCAAAAGGAUCCAUGUUCUCACAAGCUAUGAAGAAAUGGGUGCAAGGAAAUACUGAUGAGGCCCAAGAAGAGCUAGCUUGGAAAAUUGCUAAAAUGAUAGUUAGUGAUGUUAUGCAGCAGGCGCAAUAUGAUCAGCCAUUAGAGAAGUCUACAAAGCUAUGAUUCAAUCCCUGAGAUAAAGGAAAUCUGCUUUUGAAAAAUAAGAACGUUUUUCCUUUGGUUGGAUUUUUAACACAGCCAGUGAAAACAAAGCUCUGUGUUUCCUUUCUCUGAUGUAUCAGCUGUUGUUCCCAACAAGAAUGGCAGACAAUCUUGGACUUCCACCAUAAGCAGAGUGACACGUAGACGUAUUUGCUGCACAUGAUGUUCACAAGCGAAAGUCAUAAAGAGACAAAGUGGUAUUGUUUACAUUACUAGAAAAUUAGUAGUUUUCUAAUGGCAAUAACCCAUUAAUGAGAGAGUUUUAGUCCACUGGAAUAGACAGGGACCACAUACUGUGGCAGGCAGGUAAGCGGAGAGCUGAUAGUUGAUGCACAUUCUGUAGUGGUCACCCACCCUUAAUGGCAUCGUAAAGUAGGUACCAGAGGUGCUUUGCUUUGGCCUCUUGAAACAAUGGGAGUCAGCCCCUCUGAGAGAGCCGGGCAGCUGGGCUGGUGGUGCGGUGCUCAGACCCUGUUCCUCAGUGGCACGGGGCGAGGCUCACUGUGUAGUCUGCCUGCACAAAGGUAUUGGUUUGGAAGGAAGCUGAUAUGUCACAGGUCAAGUCCGAGUGACAUUAUCCUUCCUUUUGGUGACAGUAUCCAAUUUUCACAUUUUAAUGGCUCCUGAGAUGCAGUAUACUUACAGCCGGUCUCUCACCUGCUAACCAAAGGGUGAAUCUCUUGUGCUGCAAGCAUUAGGACUUGCUCCGGGUCAUCUAACUUCCCUUCAGAAUACAUCAUAACGGUCACUCCAGUGUCCCUCUGUGGUACCUUGAGCAAUGUUUAUUAAGAAAGUGAGAGGGCGGGGUCUGGGGGAGGAAAAGCACUCACUUUUAAUUGCCUCCCCUUUCUUUGCUCUGAGCUGGAAAGUAUGCCUGUCUCUAGGACAGUAAAAGGAUGCCGAGCUGCUCUUCUGCUCCAUUGGCUCCUGGGUCUGCUGAUGGGCUGCCACAUUGGGGAACACACUCCGCUGGCCAGGAGAUGCAGUGGUUCCCACCACAUGAGACUGUUUUAGGGGAAAGAGUAUUCUUAGGUGUGACUGCUUGUGCUUAGACUUUGCAAAAAAAAAAACAAACACAGACACACAUAUAUAUAUAUGUGUGUGUGUGUGUGUAUAUAUAUAUAUAAUUAUUAAUCACCUCUGUCCUUGAGAAAGUCUUGAAUGAAUAGAGAAUUUAUUCCACUGCAAUAUUUGAUUGUAUAGAGAGAGGCACACUGUUUCAUCAACAGAAGAAGCAAGAGGCUGUGUGUAAGUUUUUGGUACUAUGUACCACCUCUGUUAUUCUUCUAGAGCUGAAGUAUUCAUGUACUUAAACCAUAUUCUAUUUAAUUGUGUUUGAUUUUAAAUAUAUAUCUGAAUUAUAUUUAAAAUUGUGUCAACUUUCUGCUUUCAGGGCAUUUACAGCUCUUCUAUUAAAAUUGUAGAUUCUUCCAAAUAUUUCCAUUUGCUUUACAAAAACCCAGAACAUGAGCCACU